UGCGGCGCACCGGCCGCCGCGCCGAGCGGCUGGCGCGCUGGGUCGGCCGCCGGCCUGACCAGCAGCCCGAGCAGCUGGACCUGACGCAGAUCAAGUACCUCUUCGAAGGCGUCUCAUCGCAGACGAAAAAGCUGGGAGACAUCCUGGACGAUGUGAUACACGGCUACAUCAACAUCGUGUCUGAGUUUGACACGGACGGCGUCUUUGGUGUGGACCGGCUGCACCAGCUGCAGAGCCGCCACCGGCUGGCCACAGAGGAGCAGCUGAAGAGGAACGCCAGAAUCAUGGAGCUGUUCAGCGAAGCCGAACAAGGCCACCGCUCUCAGGAGAUUGUCACCGAGCUGCUACAGUACACGAACACGCUCACCUCUUUCUCGGAGGUUUCGGUGGCGGUGACCGAGGAGUCGCGCCGUCUGCAGCAGCUGAUGCGUGCCGAGCCGUCGCUCAUCUCGGACGCCACCGUGCAGCAGCUGGCCAGCACCGUCGCCGACCUGACCGCGCUCUCCAGCCAGCUGCAGAGUUUCUUCACUGAGACAGAGGCGAUGCGGGACGGCUUGCUGGCUGUGACGCAGGCUGAGGAGCCCGCCGCGCCGGAGGAGCCCGCCGCCGCCGAGGAGGCAGAGUCCUCCGUCCGGGACUCCCCGACGGACGACACUGCGGAGGAGAGUGGGGACGAGGAAGACGAGGAUGAUGCGCCCGGCGAGGCGCGAGAGGGUCGGGUGAAGUUCACCACGGUCGAUUCGCUCCGGCUGGACAAGAUGGUCCAAGUGAGCGAGAUCGACCGCGAGCAGCGCGCGCGCGUCGAGAAGGCCGUGCGCCAGAAGCUGGGCCGUGUCGGCCUCGACGGCCACGGUCCGGAGAUCAAGGUGCGCUUUCUGAAGUAUCCAGACGUGAACAAUUUGCAGAAAGAACACACGCUGACGGAUGAAGAGGUUUCGGCGUUUGAGAACGCCCUAGUCACGAUCAUAAUGGGUGGGCAGGAGGCGCUGCUGGAGCACGACAAAAACCGACAGCUGGCCAGGAACUACGAGUACAGCUUCGAGGAGGCUGUGCGAGAUCUGGACGAGUCGCCGCUGGACGAGGAGGACGAGCCGGCAUCCGCCGCUAACGACGACGAGUCUCUCUUCACGCUGGUGUAGCCGGGAGUGCCCUGGAUCUGUGCUUCGGCUCCCUCCGAGACCCUGGCCCUGCACCUGGUGCGGAAGGGGAGGAGUGCGUGUUCCCAUCGCUGGCGUGGGACAGGCGCCCGGUCGGCGUCUCGCGCGUCUGCAGUCUGGACCUCACGCGGUGCUCCGCAAAGGCCGCACACAUCGCGCCAAACCAAAGACAGGACUGCCUCUCCGCCUCGGAGCCCCGCCGAGCGAACGCGCGCUCAGGGAGCGGCGUUGCACCGAGCCGCCGCGCUAGAGUGGUGAGCGUGGGUUCUCCUGCUGCGGGGAGUACGCGCCGACGCUCGCUGCCUUCGCUGCGUGGGCCGACGGAACAGGCUCGGCGAUCGGCCGGACCACGCGGUUCCGGCCGGCACUGAGACGAAUAGGUCACCUGACGCGGCGCUGGCCGCCCCAGCACCGUGUCAUAUACUGGCGAUGCUCGCCUUGGCGCGUGCUUUUGAGCACAGUGGCGCGGACACAUUCAGUAGAUCUUCCGUCGGUAGCAUGACAACGCUGGGUUUUGGAAACGACGGUCCUAGCCGUAUUUCUGAGGACGUGUUUGGGUGCGCUGUGGGAUCCCUUGCUCACCUCCUGCAAAGGAUUUGUGUGUGGUGUGAGGUCUAGCCGACGCCGGGUCGACGAGUGACGUGGCAUUGACCGACUGACCUAAUCUAUGUUUUGUGUCUGGGCAUUUUGUCUUUCAUUGGUGUGACGCCUUGGGCAACGCAUUUUUUUAUGAUGUGAGUUGUGUGCAGCUUGUGGGCCUUGCAAUUGGCUACAUGUGGGUCGUUUUGAAGCGUUUUGCAAGGGAUGGGUGUUAUUGGUUAAUACACACCG